AUGGCAGCGGUAAAUGAUCAUUUGCCAUCCUCAAAGCCUUCUUCGGAGGCCUAUCAGCGGGCAUCUAGUUCAGCAGACUUCAUCAAGUCCAAACUACCAUCACACCUACAGAACCCCCGUGUGGCCAUCGUCUGCGGUUCUGGUCUUGGAGGCAUUGCAGACACUGUGGCUACUGAUAAUAAGCUGGAGAUCGAUUAUCAUGACAUUCCAAACUUCCCAAAGACUACUGUUCAAGGACAUGCUGGUAAGCUCGUGGUUGGCACUAUGGGAGACACCAAGGUCCCCGUGGUCUUGUUGGUCGGCAGAGCACAUUUCUAUGAAGGUCACACUAUGGAGCUCGUGACUUUCGCGACGAGAGUCUGCAAAGUGCUCGGUGUCGAGACCAUGAUCGUGACCAAUGCUGCUGGUGGACUGAACCCAGAUUACAGCGUGGGAGACAUUGUCUGCCUCAACGAUCAUCUGAAUAUGGCUGGACUGGUUGGCUUCCAUCCUCUUCGUGGACCCAACGCUGAUGAUUUUGGUGUACGCUUCCCUCCUCUGUCUGAUGCAUAUGAUCUGGGCUUGCGCCAAAAGGCUCAUCAGACAUGGCAAAAAGUGCGCCCAGCCGACGCCAAGCGCAAACUGCAUGAAGGUGUAUAUGCCUUUGUUGCCGGUCCAACAUACGAGACAAGAGCAGAGUGUCGUAUGCUACAUCAGCUAGGUGCCGACGUGGUCGGUAUGUCAACCGUGCCUGAGAUUAUUGUUGCCAGACACAGUGGCAUCAAGAUCCUUGCGUUCAGCCUGGUGACUAACAAUGCUGUGCUGCAACCUGUACCUCGUGGUGAUGAUGCUGCUCUGAGCUCCAUGUCACCACAAGAGCUCGUGGAUCAUUUGGGCAAGGGCAAAGCCAACCAUGAGGAAGUGAUCGAGGCUGGUAGGGAAGCCGCAAAGGAUAUGCAGACACUGGUAUACAGCAUCGUGUCGGACCUGUAA